GGCGGCCACGGAGGCGGGGCAAGUAGGCGAGUAUCUUUCCAGCUGGAGGUGCUCCCGCGAUCCAGCUCCACGGCGGAUAUCAAAGUUCGAAGGUACAUUGAAGGCGACUUUCAUCAUCUGAAGCACUCCAAGAUUGGUCGCCCGUUACCCCGCCAAUUAUCCAUGGGAGGGGCCGGCUCCGCCAUCCCAGGUCGCAUUCUACUCGACGACCCCCACUUCCGGUUCUCCUCCCUGGACGAGCGACUGACGAGCCUCACUACCACGGCGCACGAGACACUACGAGCCAUCAAAGACCUUCACCCCACGGCCCCCCAGCAGCCGGCUCAACCAGCUCACAGGGAUCCCAGAAGGACGAGCCUAGAUAGAGAAAGUGCUUCAAAACCAGCGCACGAUUCGCUGCUUUCUCUCGAUCAGCUCAAACCAAACCGAGACUGCCCGUCUCCAACGUACAGACCUCCUAGAGGUCUAAAAAACUCUCCGUCGCCGACCUUCGCGUUAGUCAAAGACAGCAGUAACAAAAACUCGCCUUCACCGCCUUUCAGACCAAUCCACGAAAGCCCUUCGAGUUCUUCGCCCUUGUUGCUACGCGACGCCGGCGCCAAAAGCUCCCCACCUUCUCCGUUUAGGCCUAUAACUAUAACCGAGGGCGCCAUGAGAAGCUCCCCGUCGCCCCCAUACAAGCCCGUGCGGACGCAAGUCUCCGUGGAGGUCCACCACCAACACCACGCCGCGGCCAGUGACGGCGGCAGCCACAGCGGCAACAGCUCAGAAGAACAACAUCAUCUUCUCCUGGGUCGCCUGGUGCGAGCCCGACCCACCUCCGAUUUGUUCACGACGGUAAAAAGCAGCGGAGCGUCCCGGAUCAAAUCCCACCAUAAAACAGUGUAUUCGCAUAGUUUAGAAUCGGCCACGCCAUCAAAACAAGUGUCGUACCGCAACAACAGAAAAGUCAGAAGCCACGACGAUUUCGUCGAAGACUACGACGUUCUUAAAAUAACGGAAUUUUCCAAAGGCCCGUUUUACAACUCCGAUUACGAUAUCAUAGCUGAGCUGGGUUCGCCUUCCGGGUCAAAGGUCAGAUACAACGACACCGGAAGUCUUGAGCAACUCAACGAUGGGGAGUUUGGGGGAGAGCUGGGAGCAGAGAGCCUGCCUAUAGGGGCAGAUAAGAAAGAUCCAGAACAUUCGGAGGACACGGAGGAUAGCGUGGAGACGAUCAACGGAAACCGGAAGUACAGAGCACUAUGGCGUCUCCGGGCUACACUCGAGGAGGAAGAAGAAUGCAGCGACACGAUCAGGAUGGAGGAUAUGACGUCACCUGACGACUCGCCAGACAGGGAGCACGUGACGCCCAACACGACCUCCUUCGAAUCGAACGCCCAGAGCGACCCCUGCCCCAGCGACCACCGGGACAGCGGCAUACAAUUCGAGAGCUCGCCGUCUGCCCGGCUGGCGAACCAGGUGAACUUCCUACACCCCAACUACGAGAACCGACGCCAGAACUACCGCAACGUCCUCAACAACCGUUUCCAGAGGGGAAACCAGUCCACCAGCGUGGAGAACAGCUUCGACAGCGUAGAAACCGACGGGGAGGUGUCGGACACAUCCCGCUACGAGGUGACCACAACCUCUUUUGAAUCUUCCACGACGACAACAACCGAGAACACGGACAGCACCACGGAGAGUCAGGCCAGCAAGCUGAGACAGAUGAAAGCGGACAGCGGGUACAAGUCGCUGGAGACUCAGCAACAGAACUCGAGGGAGCUCGUUGAACACGAGACCGCCAAGUGGGACACGAGAGUCAGCAUCGACUGCUGCGAGGGAAUCUCCUCCCGGCGAGACAGCAAAGCCAGCGUUGACGGCGUCGUGGGGUUCGCUAUCCGGAGAAGCAGCAAAGCUGAAGUCGAGCGCUUGGAGGGGAUAUGUCAGGCGUGCGGUAACAGCGGCGUGACCGUGUCGGGUGUCGACACCCAUGUCACGUUUCAAAGAGACCGACGCAACAGCGGACAUGUUUUAAACCAAAGAAGCGAAAGCCUAAGAAAAUCCCCGCCCACGCCGUCUUACUUUGAUAGAAGAAACGGAAAAACUGCGUCAAAGAAACGCAGGGAAUACUCACGAGAGAGACAAACUGUUCAGGUUUACGAGAGUAUAAACGAACCCGAAACAGAUUCGCAUUCGGGUUUACAUUCCGGCGACAGCUUUGAAGAUAGCUCAAUACCGAAUAAAAUUUCAGUCUUUGCUCGUUUUUUCAAGUCCCACCCUCGUGGGCACCGAACGCAAUAUCUCGCGAGAGAUUAUAGCAUCGACGAGAAAACGAACUCAAUUUUUAACGAAUUUGUUCGCCAAGAACUUCCCCCGCCCGGGCGCGAGGCAACGGGAAACUGCAGACUCGGGAUACGAAGGUCGCCGAGAAUGCAUCGACAUCGCUUACAACGGAAACACACGGAGCCGGCGCUGCUCAACGAAGACAGAACUAGCCGACGGGACCGACUUGCGCCGAGCAUGCGCAGUGCCAGUUUAGGAAGUGACAGCAGCGCGAGUUCGGCUCGGCGGAUCUCGCCGCAGGACAGCAUCGAGGAGGAAGAGGACGAGGCAGCCGAAGAGAUGCUGCACCCCAAAAGACUCUCUGCCUGGUCGAACGCCGGCGGCCGGUCGCCGGUCAGCUUCGUGCAGCGGCAGUUUCAUAACGUGACGAUUCAUGACAGGUCCAUUCCAAUCAUCAAACUCCCAGGGGACGAGAACCACGAGACCUCUGUACAUUAACCAACUUCUACUCUAGGCUGGAUAUCGUCAGACUAUUCAAAUGUUAUUUCAAAACACGUUAAUGUCUAUGUUGAAAUUUUAAUGCCUACCAUUGUUUAUUUUGUUAAAAGUCUAAACUGUAUUAUACCAUGUUUCCCACGUAUAGUUUUUAAGCUACUA